UGACUGUGUCGCAGUAGUGGGUUGUGUUUUCUGAGCUGCAGGCAGACAGACAGACAGUCGUCUGACAAAACUCCCGAGAUGUGGUCACAGACAGACAGACACGCGUCAGCUCGUACGUCCCUCACGACACGCGGAUCUUCGUUCUUGCAUCUUCUCCGUGACAGUCUGCUCUGCCGGUGUGAGGACGCGCCUUCGGCUCGAGAACGGAGCAGCUCCACAAAGCGCUGAGUGUUUGUGUAGAUACAGCGCACGCGACGCGCGGACCAUGAGCGGCGCGUCUGUGAAAUGAUCGGUUUCUUUAUUUCAGGGUUCUGAGGGAAGAGCUGUCAAGUUCUGAGCCUACAGUCAUCUGAAUUGCCAGUGUUGAAGAAUAUGCAUCAUUAAAUGCGAAGUAAAUCACCUCUGGGCAGUGCCACACGCAGAAUGAUGUGUUUGCUUCAUCCAGUCAUGCGCCAAUGGAAAUGAAAGACUUUAUAAUGUCACCUGUCUUAUUUAUGGACCCAUUCCACCUCAUGCUCUGGAGACUUUGACCCUAAAAAUUGCCGGAGAAAGCUGCCUUUUUGGGGUGUCCACUUUUCUUUCCCAGUUUAUUUAUUUUCUUCAUAAAAACAAACCACUUUUUCAUUUUGUAAAAAUGGGCCCUUUUAUGUCUCCUUUCAAUAAUCUGCUGUGCAUGCUGUUGGGCAUCUCUUUCACUGUCUGGUUCACACUGCUCUUGGUCUUCAUCAUUGUUCCUGCCAUUUUCGGUCUGUCCUUCGGUAUCCGCGGCCUCUACAUGAAGACGCUGCUCAAGGUGUUUAAGUGGGCCACAGUGAGGAUGGAAAGAGGAGCCAAGGAGAAGAACCAUCUACUGUACAAGCCUUACAGUCUUAAUGGCAUUAUUGCUAAAGAACCUACAUCGCUGGAAGAGGAGCUCAAAGAGAUUCGGCGAAACGGCAGCAGCCGAGAUUUGGAUGGCUCCGCCUCCUCCACCAUCACAGGCCCCUCCCCUUCCACAUCAGAGUUUGAAGUGUCAGACACCUUCUACUUCUGCCGCCGUGGGAUUGAAAGCAUCGUAGACGACGAGGUUACCAAACGUUUCACGGCAGAGGAGCUUGAGUCGUGGAACUUGCUGACCAGGAGCAACUAUAACUUCCAGCACAUUAGCACCAGACUGACGGUGCUGUGGGGUCUCGGCGUUGUCAUCCGUUAUGGGUUCCUGCUGCCCCUCAGGUUAACAUUAGCAAUCACAGGAGUGAGCCUAUUGGUUGUCUUCACCACCAUGAUUGGUUUUCUGCCCAAUGGGAGGGUGAAACAUUUUCUCAGUGAGAAAGUGCACCUGAUGUGUUACCGUAUUUGUGUGAGAGCACUGACUGCUAUCAUCACAUACCAUCACAGUGAAAAUAAACCCAAGAAUGGAGGCAUCUGUGUCGCCAACCACACGUCACCCAUUGACAUCAUUAUACUGGCCAGUGACGGAUGCUAUGCAAUGGUGGGUCAGAUCCAUGGGGGCCUGAUGGGGCUCAUUCAGAAGUCUAUGGUGAAAGCUUGUCCGCACAUUUGGUUCGAGCGCUCAGAAGGCAAAGAUCGCCAUCUAGUGGCUAAAAGGUUGAACGAUCACGUAAAAGACAAACGCAAACUGCCCAUCCUCAUAUUCCCCGAAGGUACCUGCAUUAAUAAUACGUCAGUCAUGAUGUUCAAGAAAGGAAGCUUUGAAAUUGCCUCAACUGUCUACCCCGUCGCCAUAAAGUAUGACCCUCGGUUUGGGGAAGCCUUCUGGAACAGCAGUAAGUUUGGGAUGGUGAAUUAUCUGCUCAGGAUGAUGAGUAGCUGGGCCAUCGUCUGCAGCGUGUGGUACCUGCCUCCGAUGAGCCGUCAGGAAGGUGAGGAUGCAGUGCAGUUUGCUAACAGAGUAAAGGCAGCCAUUGCCAGACAGGGUGGUCUGGUGGACCUGCUGUGGGACGGUGGGUUGAAACGAGGAAAAGUGAAAGACACUUUCAAAGAGGAGCAACAAAAACUCUACAGCAAGAUUUUGGUUGGAACGCAAGAGAACCGCAGUCGUUCUUGAGGAGAGGAAGAUGAAUCAGGUUCUUUGGGGAGUAUUUGGAUGUAUGUUUUGACAUAAUGGGGGUCUAUCAGACAUAACAAUGUCGCCAGUGAUUUGUCUGCUGCCACGCUCUAAAACGGCACCUUUCCAACACAUCCACCUAUACGUCACUGACUGAUAUAUUAGUUAAAAAUCUUCCAAUGUGAUACAGUCAUAUGUUCAACUAUAUUAAAUGUAAAUAAAAUAACUUCAAC